UUUAAGGGCAUGUGCCAGUGGGCUGCACCAGUGCAGUGCACCAUGUGCAGCCCCCCAGGUCUCCAGUGAAGCCAGGGGCUGCUGGGGUCUCUGCCAGCAGUGGGCCAUGAGUGCCCUGACACUCGCUGCUGGCUGCUGCUGCUGCGAGGGCCAGUGUGCCAUUGGGGAUAGUGGGCAGGGACCCACCUCUCCUGAGUGUUCCCCAAUCCACAGUCCCCCUCACACCCUCUCCCACCUUCCCCACCUUCACAGUCGUCCACCCCCAUGUCCCUACUUACCAGGGACAGAGCCUGGGUCUGAUCCACUGCUGCUAGCCUUGCCCUCGUCCUAUUUGCCUCAGCACGCUGGAGCAGCAGGGGCAUGCGGCAGCCAUAAAGACUCUCUGGCUGUGUGCUAGAACAUCUCUCUGGAGGACCCAGCCUCUGGUUGCCUCAGAGCACGCUCGUGCCCUGUGCCACUUUUCCCCAGCAUGUUAUUUUUUUGAUACCAGGAUUUCCCAGGAUCAAAUCUGGAGCCUGUGUUGCAAAUAUGCAGCACAGGGAACAUUUUUUCAUUCUUAGUGUGCAUCUUGUGGCAUCUCAAACUGCUUUGAGGUGUCGCAACAGAUACAUGCUUGCUCAUCUGGAUGCAGCCUAUUUGUGCAAAGUUUUGUAGAUCUCCGUUCCUAUCAUGAAAAUUUGUGAGUUUGUCAAUACUGUAGAACUGUUGAACAGAUUGGGUGAAAAAGGGAAACAAAUUCAAUGGUUAACAUUACCAUUUUCAUCAUCAAGAAGGCCUUUUGUAAUUAUUUCUGUCUUAGUAUACCAGUGUUUCAAAGCCCUUUUCAUAUUGGAUGCAGAUACUAGUAUUUAUGGAUCGAUACAUUAUUGAUACAAGAUCACAAAGGAUUUAAGAACGUGGUGGUGGCCCAGUGCAGCAAAUGUUAAUGUUCUCUGUAGAGAAGAAAUACACCACCUGAAAAGGUCUCCUGUUAUGUUGACAGAACAUUUUCUCCUCUAUCCAUCUGGGAGAAUUUCUGGUCAGGAUAGAUAAUGCAUCUGUGCUUUGACUCCUUUGGAUUCAGAAAUCCUGUGGAGCAAGUUUUUCCAAGGUGGUUGGAAAAACUUCAGUGUUGUUAUUUCAUAGUCAGGUUUGCACACAAACAUAGUAAAACUGAUGCCUGUUGGUUUCUAAAAGUCUGUUUGUGAUAAAGUUUCAUGUUCUUAGCUUUAAAGGCCCACUGUGUCACAAGCUAACAGACAAAUAGGAUGGGAAAUUGAAGACAUACAAUGCACUGUUUCCUAAAAAUCUAUAACAAAAGACAGGCUUGCUGCAUUCAUACCAGGUCCCAGUGUCCAGCUGCCAAGCCUCCGGGAUUUCUGGUUUUGGUGGUCAGACCAAAUUAGGAGGCCAGGCAUGCCCAAAUGAAGACACUGAUAAAUGACCAAAUUAAGAUGUAUGCAUCUGAUGGGUUUGUGGAAACAAAGGAAUAGGCUGGCAGAACAGAACAUUGACAGCAUGACUACAAGGAAACCAGUCAAUGGUAUCCAGAAAUGAAGAGUCAUCGGAGGAGAAAUAAUACAAAAGGAGGGAUUUCAGAGCAGCAGGUGGUCCCCAAGGGGGGAACCCAAUGCCACCAUGGGAGGAGACCCAUAUCACCCACCUUGUCAGGGGGCAGGAAGGAGGGUGGGCCUCGGCCCUCAACCUCCAAGGCUGCUGACAUCUGACAUUCCACAAAGAACCACAGGGUGAACUUGUAUAUUGACCAGGUGUACCUUUGCUCUGUGAACCUUGGAACUGGUAGAUAAAUAGAUUUGGGGAGUUAUUUUGUUUGCUUUCCCUUCAUUACUCUUAUCUGCUAUCACUGUAUAUCAAUAAAAUUUGCCUAUUAUUAUAUGGAAGAAGUUAUGAUCAGUGUGAGGGUUUGGGUCUGCCCAGAAUAAGGUAUAUGGGUCAUAAAUCCAAUGCUAACACCUUGGCCAGGUGGCCUUGCUGGGAGCCUGAUUGCAAUUAUUGCCCUAAGCAGGAGAUCGAGGAAUUGGUUGCUCUAGGGAAUGAAUGCAAUCAUAAUAAAUGGUUUUCUCCUUUCCUCCUAUACUUUACAGAAGUUCAAAUAUUUUUGUUUCAUCCACUGUAACAGUAGAUCUAGGAUUGCAAUAAUGAACUCCAGAACAGUUAAUUGCCUCCCAGACAAAGACCUUUGAUAUCAGAAUAAUAUGUGAUUGAAAAAUCAAUUGGCAAAUGUUGCUACCCUGGAAUGUAUUAUUCCCUCUGAAUACCACACUAAAAGCUUUCUAGUCAGAGUUAGAAAGCCUGAAACUUGACAAUGAAAUGCUGCCUGGGUGAUGGGUAUAGCCAACUGUUUGUAGCAGAUUUACCUUAAAAGGAAGUUCUGAGCUUAAAACUGUUGGGCUUUGGGUGCAUCUACACAUGACAUUACAUCACCGUAGCAAUGCACUAUGGCAACGUAGCAUCCAUGGGCAUCUACACAUGACCAGCACCUACUUUGCCGCAGUGACAUGCUCCCCUGGUAUAGCAUGUCACUAUGGUGAAGUAGCUCCUAAAAAUAACCAUGCACUGCGUGAACGGCGCAGUACAGACCAAAAGGAAGUACCAAAUCAUGGCAUAGUAACAAUGUUGCCAUAGUGACACAUGUAGAUGCGCCCAUUUGGUGUUACUGGUCUUGCUUAAGCUAAGAGUUUAUUUCUGUUGGGUAAUGAAAUGUUUAUGACAAUUGGUGCAGGAUAGCUGAUGCUUGCAAGGGAUGCUGAAAAGGGUUGGUUGGAUGUUAUGAGAUAAGCUGGCUACUUCUGUAGCUAGAACGGCAAACGUACUGGGGCCAGUGUAUCCCAUUUUUUUAUGACAUAUAUAAUAGCAAGCUAUGAGGGUACAUAGUAUAUACCUUGGUACUCCUCACAGCUGGACAUGAGCUAAGUACCCCAGCAUACGUCUUUUAUGAAGUUUUUGAUGAAGAACAAAGGAAUUCAGAUCAUACAGGCCAAAGUCCAUAAUGAAAGUAGAUCAUGACAUUGAGAGAUCUGAGAAUAGCUUUUGACACAAUGGAAAUGAUGUUGGGUCUCAUGGGGAAAUAUUUAAACAUGGGUCCUCAUCUAGUAGGAGAAAGAAGGUUAAGAGACCAACUGGAUAAAUCUUGGAAGGAACCCAUAUUAAGUACUGACACUGCUAAGUGAAGUGGUGUACAGACUAGGGUUGGAUCCCUGGACCAAACCCAAAGUUGUCUGUAAGGGCUGCAUGAGAAGUUAUCAAGGAGGACAACAUUUCAGUUUGGGUACAUCCAGAAACUGAAAAUGCAGCUGUAGAAGCUGAGAUUUGAAAGAGCUGCAACAGAGAUGAAUUUCUCAUCAGAGCAUAUUGGGUGACAUCUGUCCCAGAUAGCAGACUCCACGGAAUCAAAAGUAACUCUUCAUGGACUCAUUGGGUGGAUCCAGAUGUGCAAGCACGUGUGUUUUGUGUCACUGCAAGCCUCUUUGCAGCUCCACAAACCACACAAAUUGCAUGUUCAUCAAUGUGCGGUGCUGCUAACGUGCAGCACUGUGGCAAAAUUUGCUAGAGAUUUCAUGGUAGGAAAAAAAAAAAAUCCUGAGAAAAGUGACGCAACCCACGCCAAAGUAGCAAGCACUGGUACAAAUGUAGAGUUGGGGAGCAGACAGCCCUGGCUUGCUUCCUCUCCCAUCUCUGCACGCUGUGAAGCCUCCAUGCUGAGGUACCAUGUGCCCUGAUCAGCCACUCCUUGGCUGGCUGGGGCACAGGGUGCCUCAAGACGGGGAAGCAGGCAGGCCUGGCCUGGGGGCUUUGCAAUGAAGCCCCCGCACUGAAGCAUGUGGAUACAAGGGAACAGCCAUCCCAGUGCUGCUUGCUUCCCUGUUUGGAGGCACACUGUGCCCCAGCCAGGCAGGGAACAUUAGAACUGAAAGAAUAUCUUGAGUACCAAGGGUGCCCUUUCAGUGUACCACUGGAUUCUCCCUAAUAGCAUUAGUGGCUACACUUCUAUGUAUGUUGUUUGCAGUUGUUGUCUCCUGGCAGUUCCAAUAAGGAUUCUUUUAUGACUAAAGGUACAUUUAGUACAUUUUAUGACUAAAUUUGUACAUUAUGGAAACACACAGAAGUGAAGAAAAACAGAGCUCAUAGGGAGGACUUUCUUAAACUUUCAUCCAUACCAUAUUUACAGUGAACUCAGUGAUUACUUUGUAAUGGCUCUCCUCUUUUUUCCAGUUGUUAUUUUGCAUUAAAAGAAGCUAAAAAUAUACUAUGUUCCCAAAACAUUACUUUUCCAUGUAAGCAGUAACUCUGCCCACAAGAAUGUUAUAAAACAGCAACUGGGACAGGAAGAUCUGGCAAUCAUGAAUAGUAGGAGGAGGUGUCCCUAGAAAAAUGAGCCUAUUGAAGUGGAGCCCACAUAAUGAAAAAGUUGGAGAAUGCCUGCUCUGGAGCCUAUAGGGCCCAGCAUUUGAAAUGCCUACUUUACUUGUUUGUCUCUGAACGUACAAUACAGCUGGCACACUAUCAAGUAUCUGCAAGGGUGUUGGCAAGUGGUUUUUGAUGCAAAGCCUUACUGUUUAUUAACCAAUGCUGUUUUUAAACCAAAAAGUUAUCCAGCACUGAGGGGAAGGAAGGACUUAACAAAGAAACAAGGUAUGUAAGUUCUACUUUCCUUAUUCCAAUAUGCAUACGUAUUUAUAGAACAAAGUACAGUUAGUAAGUACGUUACUGGUGAAGAUAAUUUAUUCCCUUUCCUUCUUCCUUCUCUGUUUUGGGUUCUUGUCUCUCUCUGUCUGUCAUGUGCCUUUUGGCUCUUUGCCUCUCCUCUUUCUUGUCACUCUAGUCAUGCCAGACUGAUUUGUACAGGUCUUGAAAACCAUGUACGCAACCACCUUAACCUCUUGCUGGUUGCUUUAGGAACUGCAGCUCUUUGUGGCAUGCAUACAUUUUGGUGUGGCUUCAUGGUAACCACUGAAACAAGAGGUUGGCUGCACAGAGCCACCAACAAAGCGAGAAGUGUACCAGUCUUUUAGUCUCCAUAUCACUUUUCCCAAAUGUGGUAUAAUGAGCUUGGGACUAAAAACAAAUUUCAGUAUAAUUGUACUGGAUGGACAUCUGUCAAAGUGUGAAUUCCCAGUGAAAUGGACUAUCAGCUGCAGCUUUAGCAGACUAUUAGAACAACUUAUUCACAAAUAUUGAUAGAAUGGCCUUACACACUUCCAUCCUGUCACUGACAUUAUAGGUCACCAUGCUUGACAGCUGAUCUUUGAAUAAAGAAGCAGUACAGAAGGCAGAUAGAGCUCAAGUGAUAGAAAACACAGUGGGUCAGACUGAUUUUUAUAACCUUUUGCUGUGAUUGUGACAAUGGCAGAUAUUGUUCGCCUCUGCUAUUAUGGCAUUAGCACACACUUGUUCAGCAGAAUUAUUUGGGAGUGGUAAACAGCCUUUUGAAUCCAGCUUGCCUUGGUUGAUACUGAUGGCCUCACAUCAGCUCUUUUUAAGAGACUUAAAAAAUGCCUGAUUUGAAUAGUCAUUAAUACCUGUGCAGUGGCUGUCAGACGCAACUAUUUUGAACUAUUCAUAGUGUUUUACAUCCACUGUGAAGAGAUGCAAAUGCAUGCUCAGACUACAAGGCACUGGAGAUACAUCCCCUAACACAGAAUGCAUCACCUGUGUAUCCCUUGGCUGAGACAAGCUAUUAUAACCACACAAUAUUGUUUUCUAGAUCCCUAUCCCAAUCAGUUCUACACGCAGUUCCAAAUUAUUGCACAGGUUCUAAGCAAUGGCCUAUAUAGCUGGGAACCCAAACACUUAAAAGGAAGACUGUCUCCCUUUUUUCCAUUAUGAAAAUCAUCGCUUCAAGUCAAAGCUUACAUUUUCAACCGGUUGUAAAAUUCUGGUGACAGAGGCCAUUUCUGUGGCAGGAUCUGGUGCAUCAACCCCAUGCUGGAUCAAGUCUGUGGACCAACCCCGGAUCACUUAUCUGGCCCACAGGGCCAGAUAGCUGGAGCACCAGUGAUAUAUAGUACCGAAGGGCUUUGGCAGUGGCACCAAAUAAAGAAGGCAGUCCUAAAUCCUAUUCAGUCAUCCUCACUAUUUGAUCCUUGGUCUGUUUGUUGAGACUGCCAGCUUGUCUCACUGACAAUUUAUAUUAGUAGUUUUACUGAAAUGGACAGCUGUUCUCUAGCAACUGGAGUAAGACCACUACUAUCUUAAUUAACAUGAGUCACCAAACAGUUGUCAAAAGAGAGUUAAUUUUUCUUAACUAUACAGCUGGACCUGCUUAGAACCAGGAACAGUUCUCUAUCCUGUUACAAAUCCCUUGCAACUGCUAAAGCUAGAUUCUCAACUCAUUUAUAGGAGUGUUAAUCUAGAAUGAUCUUUGACUUCAACAUAGUUACUCUUCAUUUGCACUUCUGUAAAUGAGGUUGUAAUUUACUUUUUUAUUUUUUCUCUCUCCCUAUUAAAUAUUUUAUCAAUCUGGCCUCUAACACCAUAAAAGCUAAACUAAAAACUGUAUUUGUAUGACUGCAAUAGUAUAACCCAGCCAUAAUAAUGACUCUUAUUGUAGGUACAUUGUUUUAAUGUGGCUAACAAAAUUAAGUAAUAUAUUUGUUUCCCAGAACUGCUUUAAUCUCUCUUGGAAUUAUGUGAAUAAUUUUCUGUCUUCUAUGAUUUAUAGGACUGUGGAUUUUAAAUAAAAAAGAUGAUUCUCCUGUCCGAAGGGAGAAGGCUAGCUAUUUUUAACAAAACAAAAAUAUUUUAAAAAUAUGUAAAAUUAUAUUACUCUAAGACUAUACCUACAUUAGUGGCUGUAUUCUCCUAUCUACUCCCUUAUCGAAACAAUAGACAGACUGUUAUGCGCAGCUAUGUAGAUGAAAUUAUUUAAAGGAUUUUGCUUGCUCAUAAAUGUUGUACUUACCUACUUAUUGUAGAUGCAUUGUUUUAAUGUGGCUGAUGUGUGCAGCAUGUAUAACUUUACUUUUGCUUUCCUGGCAGAGGCUUAUGUGGCAGAAAUUGGUGUUACUAUAUUUCUUCAAUUAUAAAGUACACCCCGAUUUCUAGCACCUGAAUUUUGGGGUAAAUAUAUGUGAGGGAAUAAGGUAAAUAUUAUUACAGUGAACUGAAAAAAAACAACUAUUUUUUUUCUAACUUCUUAAAACAGUUUUUAUUUUUUUCCCCCUGAGAGACCAAUACAUUGUGGAAGGUUUUACUCCACGAAUGGAAAAAUAUGACCAUUAGGUACCUAGAUACCUUUAACAAUUCCCUUACAAGCCUAUUUGCAGCCUUAGCAAAUACCUUUAAAAACUUAUUUUAAGUUUUAUCCUAAAAAAUUAUCAGUGAUUUGGAUGUGGGAGGUGAAGAGCUCACUGGCCAAGUUCAUGGACAAUACCAAAUUAUGGGGGAGUGUGAUCAUGCUUGAAGAUAGGCUACAGAUACAGGUGGACCUAGACAGGCUAGCAAGUUGGGUGGAUCAGAACCAGAUGAAGUUCAAUGUUGAGAAAUGUAAAGUGCUCCACCUGGGGAUGAACAAUCCCCAUGUACACCUACAGGCUUGGUGGCACCAAACUGACUGGCAACACAAAAGAAAGAGACCUGGGAGUAAUAAUAGACCACAGUAUAAAUAUGAGCUAACAGUGUGAUGCUGUAGUCAGCAGGGCAAAUAAUACUCUGGCGUGUAUUAAUCUAUGCAUCUCCAACAAAACCAAAGAAGUGAUUCUUCUGCUCUACUGGUGAGACCACAGCUGGAGUACUGCGUCCAGUUCUGGGUGCCGCAUUUAACAAGGACGUGGACAAACUUGAGAGAGUCUAGAGAAGAGCCAUCUGUAUGAUCAGAGACUUGCAUGGCAAGCCAUAUGAGGAAAGGCUGAGGGACCUGGGACUCUUCAGCCUGAAAAAGAGAAGGCUGAGAGGGGACUUGGUAGCAGCUUACUGCUAUAUUAGGGGAGUACAUCAAAGGCUUGGUGAAUAACUAUUCACCAGGGCACCCUUGGGGAAAACCAGGAGUAAUGGCCACAGACUCCUAGAAAACCAUUUUUGACUCAACAUUAUGGAAAACUUCUUCACAGUCAGGGUGUCCAGACUGUGGGAUAUGCUCCCUCCAGAGGUGGUGCAGUCACCUACUCUGGAAGAGGAAUCUUGAGAGGAGACUGAAUGGUCACCUUGCUGGGGUCACUUGACCCCAGUUUUCUUUCCUGCUCAGUGCAGAGGGCUGGACCCAAUGAUCUUCCUAGGUCCCUUCCAGCCUAACAAUCUAUGAAUCUAUAAGGCUUUUUGUGUUUUAGCAGUUGUAUGAUGCAUCCCCAUGAGAGGGAAUGUUUAUUUUCCUGGAGACAAAUAGCAGGAGCACAUAUUUGUACUGCUGCUACUUGUCUCCAGGCGUGCCUCUGCAUGAGUGCUCUAAAUUGCCCCAGGUAGGGUAGGGGAGGCUGGAGCCAGCACUUGGGCUGGCCCUAGCAGCCUUAACUGGGAUCCUGGGGGCCUCCCAGGGCUGCAGUGGCUGUGAUCCUGGAGUGUGGUGCUGGCUGGCCAGGCUCUGGUUUUGUGUGGCGCACACUACUGCCAUGUGUGCCAUGUUGUUUUUUUCUAGCAUAUUUUUUUUAGAUACCAGGCUUUCCCAGUAUCUGAUUUUGCCACUGUUCUGCAAAUAUUCAGCACGGUGAAUGGAUUAACAUGUGCUGCGUGCAUUUUGCAGCUCUUCAAAAGGCUUUGAGGCACUGCAAACCGCACAUUCCUUAUUGUGGGAAUGUAGCUUAGCUGUGCAUAAAAAAGUAAGACCACUGAGUAAUUUCUUGGCUUAAAAACAUUUGGGAUAUGUUGUUCAUAUAAAAAUGUAUGUAUAAUACAAAAUAUGUCCUACUCAUUUCGAUAUACCCAUUCAUUAGAAUUUAAACAAAGCAAUUUUUAGAAACUCUGAAUCAGACUAGGGAAAUGUCAGUACUUAUUGUAUUAAAAUUCAGGUGUCUUUCCCUGAAAUCCAUGUUGUUGUUUUUUUGCUAGCUCUGAUAUCUUCUCUUGUUAUUCUGUUUGCUGUAUGUGUGUGUGAGUACAAUGUCACCUUUGUGUAGUUACAAAGCAAUAUCUCUGCCAUAUUUUUUUAGUCUACUGUUUUACUUAAUUUUUGAAAAGUAAAUUCAGUUUUAAAAAGAAUUAUUAUGAAUUGCUAUUUUGAAUUUCAUCUGCUUAAAUACUUCUUAAAUCAAAGCAAAAUCUGAUGUUAGUUAUUCUUGGGAUAAUACUACAUUUUCAGUGUUAGAUAUAUUUUUAAAUAAAAUACAUGUCUUGAUAUGGCAGAUCUUAUUCAUUAUAAUGUUAUUAAAUUAUGAAAUGUAUUAAAUUAUUAUUUAGCAACUCUGCUUCCUGCAGUCCUUUCAAAGCAUCUGAUAAAGUAAGCACCAUGCUUAUGACAGCUUUUUUUCAUGUUUUCAUAGAGAAGUAAGGCUGGAAGGGACAUCAAGAGAUCAUCUAAUCCAACUGUGGACUGAUAAAGAAUGGCCUAGCAGGAGAUAGUCCAGGCAAGACAGCAGGCAAGAACUUCCUAGUGCAGCUUUCUCAUGCAGAUUGUCUCCUGGGAUGCCAUACUUCCUGAAUACUCUGUUCUGAGGAGGAAUGGCUCUUCAGUCAUACAAGGUUAGGCCUCAGACCCUUGCAAGGGUAGAAGAGAGACUAUUUGUUCUUCACUAUGGCUAUGCUCCAUUUCUUUCUUUGACAAGUCGAAACUUAGCAUUUACUAUUCAAAAUACGGAUGUUAAUGUUCCAGGACCUGGACACUACGAUAUUGCCAAAAUACAGAAUGCUAUCAAGGGUGGCAAGAGUCCACAAAACAAAGAAAAACGUUUCAAGGAGAUCAUCACAGACACUCCAGGACCUGGAAGCUAUAACCAAGCUCCUUCUAUGGAUUUUGCAAUAAGCAACAAGGAAAAAGAACUUAAAGAACGGGGCCAACUGAGAACUGCAGGCAGUAUAAAAAUCUACCGAAAAUUGGAUAGUCCUUCUAUUCCUUCUCCAGGUCAAGCCUUUGGGUAUGAGGAAACAGAGGAUGGCACUCUUAUAAAACAAUACCCACCUGAAAGAGACUUAACACUGGGCCCAGCUUAUUAUCACCCAGUAUUUGAUGUUACCGAUUCUUCCAAGAAGUAUAAAGGAGUACAUUUUGGAAAUUUAACUGGAAGACGCAGUGAAUUUAAGCCUCAAGAAGGUCCUGGACCAGGGGAGUAUGAUAUAGCUCAGGAAAGUGCACUACAUUAUGAAAAUGUCAACAUCCAAAAAGAAGACAAGAAAAAAUAUGACCCCUACAUCCCACGGUAUCAUGAAGUAAUAGUAUUACAGGAAGAAAAGAAGGGUGUUCCGGGACCUGGACAAUAUGAAAUAAAAAGUCAGUUUAAGAAGAAGGAGUAUACAACACAAAGUGGAAACAAAGUUGCACAUGCUUCUUUUCUUAUACAGUCCAAAAGAUUUGUACCUGUGAAAUCAAUCACACCAGCUCCUGGCACAUACAAUGAACCACGCUCAGCUCUUGAAUCCUUGAAGAAAAUAUCAGGAAUGAAAAAGAUCCCAUUUGGUCAAACUGCUGUUCGAUUCACUCAAGACUCCAGGCUAGAAAAAACGCCAGGUCCUGCAUUCUAUAAUAUUUUCAACUAUAGCAUAGAGAGAGAGAGUUUUAAAAAAGCUUUCUUGGAGAGUACAAAGAAAGGAGCAUUUGGAUCUUCAGCUCCUCGACCUUUACUUUUUCUUGAAAGGGAAGAAGCUUUUUAUACUGGACCAACUGAUUAUCAGGUCAAAGAGAGCACAGAAGAACUGCAUAAACAACAAAAACAAUUAUCUGGUUUUUUGUCAACAACAGAAAGAAGUCCAAUAGUUGCUAUGGAAGUUCCACCACCAGGUUCCUAUGAGGUUCAGAAAUCAUUUGAGAAAUUGUAUGGUAAAAGCCAGUACAUGCCCCCCCGAACCAUAUUGGCGAAAAAAAAGCAUGCCUCGUUUCUCAGUGCAACACCUAGAGAAAUUUUCCUUGCGGCUGGCACAGAUGUUCCAGGGCCUGGGACAUACAACCCUGUUGUGAAAUCAGCUUCCAGCAUUUCCUUAUUUGCUUCCAGAGAGGAACGUUUUAAAGAACCAAAAGAGAUUACUCCUGGCCCUGGAGAUUAUGAGGUCCAAGAAGCCUUACCUCAACCACCGGAUGUUCCCUGUCACAACCUCGAACCAGGGGAUUGGAUCUACGUAAAGGUCUAUCAACGAAAAAACACACUUCAACCCAGAUGGAAAGGACCUUUCCAGGUACUUCUAACCACUAAUUCUGCUGUUCGUUGCCAAGGUCACCAAACGUGGACUCACGCCUCGCACUGCAAGAAGGUAUCACCUCCAUUGGACCCCGAAGCAGCUGUAUUCCAACCAAGGUUGGGAUCUUUCCCUGAGGCCAAGGACAAAGACCCUCAGGACCUCACUCAGGCAAGUGAGGAGCAUCAGGGUGCAAGUGCUAGUAACCUCUCCCCUGCACCCAACACCUCAGCCCAGCCGGAUUCAUCAGUUGAAGAACGAAGAUAUCAUCUUCGGCCUCGAAGAAAGUGAAUGCUCCCAUUCGGAAGAUCACCACCGCGAUCAAGACCAAGAGCCGACAUUAUCAGUCCUUUAGGUAACUUGAGCCCAGAGGACGAAGAAAGACUUUGGCUGCCAUCCUGGGUUUGGCUGGUAGCGUUCUUUUUCUUACUGGUGCUGGUUAUGUUUGUUGUUAAGAUUCUUUGUCCCUCCUGUAUCUAAAAAUGGCACUGAAAUCCUUAUAUAUCACACUUGGGUAUCUCAGUAUCACCCAAGGGGGGUGGGAGAAAAAUUUGUAUUUGCAGAUCUCCCAUGCGGUGGCUCAAGCUGGAAAUAAAAGUGACUGCUGGAUAUGCUCUCACAGCCCAGCACACCUACACCAAGGAAUCCCAAUGAUCGGAGUACCAAUAUCCCUCCAGCAAUGGGGAACAAUAAACGGCGGCUUCGUUAGACACUACUCGUUAGCUGCCCAUCGGUCCGCUCCUAAAGAAUGGAGGGCCGCCCCUGCUAACUGGAUAAUCUCCCCAAGAGUAGAGGCGCCUUUCUGUUACAGAUCCAACAACACCGGAGCUUAUAAUAAAGCCACACCUGUAGGACACUACCCUCAUUGCCUAACUACUCUAGAUUAUAGCCCUAGUAGCACCAGUGGAAUCCUGUUGGAUAACGUACCCUCUCUCAAUUAUACAGGAUUCAUGGUCUACAACUUUUCUAAGGAACCUCAUGUUGCUCUCAUUACAAACAGAUCAGAAUUUUACAUUCACUCCAAUUUUACUUCUUAUAAUAUAUCUCGAUCCAGCAGAAUAACAGCUGAACGUGGACCGUCCUAUACGAUGCAUAUCAAUCGAAAGUGCCGGAUAGGGCACAACAACUGCCGAGAUUUAAGUACCCUUUCUGCCCCAGGCCUUUACUGGCUCUGCGGAAACAGGGCUCAUAAAAUCUUGCCCUGGAAUUGGGUGGGGGCAUGCACUCUUGGACGUGUUAUCCCUGGUUUCGAAAUGCAUAGUGCAAUAUAUCUGAAACAAAUAAAAAAUUUCAACCAUCACAUGAAAAGGGCGGUUAACCCCUUAGCUACCAGAAACACAGGGUUCCAUCGAUUUGUGAGAACCUUCAUACCGUGGCUUGGAGUAAGAGAAUUGGAACUAGCCAUAAUUAACAUUUCAGCCACAAUGGAAGCUAUGGAAAAUGCCACUGCGGAUGCAAUUCAGGCUCUGCAAAAAGAGAUCUCCCAGAUCUCACAAGUAACUAUACAACACCGCAUAGCCCUAGAUUACCUAUUGGUAUCCCAGGGAGGAGUAUGUGCCUUAAUAAACUCCACCUGUUGUGUCUAUGUCAAUCAGGACAUGCGAAUCAAAACUGACAUUCGCAAAAUCCGAAAUCAGUUAAGGGUCCUACAUCAAGUGGCCUCAGAAAAUACUGACUGGGGUCUAAAAAAAAUGUGGUCUUGGCUAACCUCCUGGCUCCCAGAUUUCGGGGCCCUUGACAAAAAAAUCCUGUAUAAAAUAUUGUUUGUCUUGAUAGUUCUGAUAAUGUUCUAUGUCUUAAUACAACUGAUCCUCUGCUGCGUGAAAGCCAGCAGGAAAAGCUUUAGCAAGGCAAGAAAACCCACAGCAGAGUCUAGAAUAAUGGUGUUACAAAAGUGUGAGCAGAUUAAAAGAAAACAUGAAAGGCUACAUGAUGAAAUAGAGGGGCUCAUGAGAAUAAAAAUUUAAGGCUAAAGUGAGACUAAAUAGUCUCAAAGGGGGGGGCUGUGGAAUCAGAAAAAAUAUAUGCCUUAAACUUUGAUUAUUUUAGUUAUAAGAUGACAUAACCGCUUUGUAUAAAAUUGCUGGCUCGGUACAGUAGAACAGAUAAGGGCAAGUGUUUGUUCUUUGUAACUCUUCUGCAAAUGCUUCGCUCACCGCGGCCUUGAAGAUAAAAAAAAAAAAAAAAAGUAUGUACAAAGUAGAUUUCCAGGUGCAAAAAGGAGGUUUGUGAACUAACCCUAUCUCCCCCAUAAUUCCCAUCCUGAUAACAGCAAAAAAAAAAAAAAAAAUAUUAUAGCCACUUUUCAUGCUAAUUUCACUAUAUGAUCACGUGAGUUAUAAGCGACUGUUAAAAAGUAUAUAAGCCUCCUGAUUUUGCUCUUGGGGGGGGACCCCUUCCAAGUGCUUGAAAAAUCCAUGUCACUUUGGAACUCCCCCUACAGCUAUAGUUUCUUUUAAAUAAAAGCUUCUGCUGACCUGACCCAAAAGUACUCUGUGUGUGUUUCCACGACACAUUUGAAAGUUAAUGUGUAACAAUACCCUGAGAUACCUGGUGAACCUGAUCCAUGACCAGCCUUAGCUUUCUGCUGAUAUGUCAUAUUUAGACAAUGGCUACUUCCAAUAGACAAAAUGUGACUAGUUUGAAGCUGUGGCAAUGCAGUCUCUUUGGUAGAAAAAUCACACACACUGGUGUGACUGAAGAACAGUUUUCUUAACUGACUAACCAUUCUCCAAAUGUGGCUUUUUCUGGGCUUGGGCUGUAGACCCUGAUACAGACUGUCCUGGUACAUAGCAAAACUAAAAGACCAUGGCUAAGAAACCUGAAAUUAGUCUUUUAUAUCAGUAUUUAGACAUCUAAACAGGUGGCCUUAUUUUUAAAAAUUCUGAGCACCCAGGAGCUGCUUUUGACUUGGAGUCUUGUAUUUAUUAGGACAAUAAUUUAACAAGCAUUUUAAGUUGUGGACCAAGAGGUGUAUACAUUUUCCCAGUUAGGAGGCACAUUUUUUGUUGAUAGUUGUUUUGCUGGAGAUUAUAAUCUAUUUGUCAACCCCUGCCAUUUAUAGGCAGUGAGUAGAGCUGUCACUUCCAUUGCCUUUGGGAGUGUCUAGUGUAGAGUUGCUAGGAACUAAAAUAAAUCGUGGUAAAAGCCACCUGGGAGACUGUAAAAAAGUACUUGCUUAAUGCCUGCCAUUGUGUUAAAUGGUUUUAGUAAAAACAGCCUGCCCUAGAGAGAACUGCUGGUAGUCAGGGUGUGGCUUUCAGAGGAGUUGUGUUGGCUAAGAGGCUGAUGUCAAAGAGGAGAAAACUUUAAAUCGACAUAAAUCAUUGUUGAGUCAAUGAGGUAUGCUUUCCAGUGCAGAAGGGCCUUAUUACACCUUACACAGUAAGCCAUGCACAUGUUGAUAUGUGUUUGUGCUGUCUUGAGCUUGGAGUAGUCACACUUUAGGCCAGCAGGGCCUUGGAGGACUGAAAGGUAAGAUUCUCACCCCACUCCCAUUUUGGGCUUCUCCCCUACCCCUAGGGGCUCCUGGGGCUCCCCCACUGCCCAUUGGGAUUGCCCCCCUCUCUCUCCCUGCCCCCAACACAUUACUAGUGGCUGCCUGCAUUGAGUGUCCCAGGGGAGCAGGCAGGGUAGGGUUAACUUGUCUGCCCACCUGCCUUACUGCUGGGUUGCUGCUAUUCUGGCCCAGAGAGCAGGAGCAGUGGUGGCCAGGCAGGCAGGUUAAUCCUUCCCUGCCUGGUCCCCUGGGACAGACAGUGUGUACAGCUACAAGUAAGUGGGGGAGAGAAUGAGGUGGGGGGCAGUGAUCAGGGAUCUGGGAUGCAGGGGAGACAGUUGGUUUUAUCUGGACCAGCCAGGAAGGCGGGGGCAGGUGGGAGAUGUUUACACUAAAGUCACUAUUACACUUUACACUGUGAGCUGCACAAAUGUUGAUUGCUGUUAGUGCUAACUUGAGUUUGGAGCAGUCACAUCCUUAAUUUAGAAAUAUUCUCUGACUGCCCACCCCCGCACAGCUAUGUCUUGCCACUAGAUACCUGGUGAGCAAGAGCAGGACUAGGAGACGUAGCUGCCAGUUGCUAGUAGAGGGCUGGUGAGCCAGGACAGGCUUUUAUCCCUGCUCUGUGGGUGGGGGUGUGAGAGAUCCCAGGAUAAUGAAGAACUUCAAUUUGGGUCACACAUCUGUGGGGAGUGGUCACACUUUAAUGGAACAGGAGCUGGGUAGCCUGGAUCAGAGAGAAUCUUGCCUUGGAGUGGUGUAACUUUGAGCUGCAUAACAAGUGCUUAAGAACGUAUUCAGAUGUUAAUGUGCAGAGAAUCCCAAGGUUAAGAGCUCCAGAAGCUGUCCAAAAUUACUAUGUAACAAGGCCCGAAGUCAAACCUGUUGCCUUUCCAGCUGUUCUCAUUACCACUGCCUAAGAUCUGGAUUGGGACAUUGUGUUGCAGCAUUUCGCUGGGGGUGAGGGAGAGCUCUGUAACCCUAAGAAGAGCUCUGAGUGGGACUGGGCUCUGAUUCAGCUGGUGUAUUUUGCAGACUAAUGCAAAGGAAGUGGGACUCCCCAUAGCCCAGGGCAGGGAUUGCUCCUGCUCCUUGUUGGGCUGUAAAAAGAAAGGGGUUGAUCUUCACAAACCACAUAUACUCCUGCAAGGGCCAAGGCAGAUUGGCUUAUAGUUGACAUUUGUGAUUUUAAUUUACAUAACAGAAUGCAAAUGUGUUCAAUAUGAUGUCUAUUGUUGGCAUUGUAAAGAAACCCCAGAGCUCUGAUGGUAAAUCUAUCUUUAUAAUAAGAGUAGUAUUAUAGGUGAGAAUAGUGUGACAUAUUGCUGUUGUGUUUCCAUUACAACUUCCUCUUAAAAUCUGUCAAAGACAGAAUGAUGUCCUCUCAGCCACAUAAUUUAAAACAGCAUUUUUAUUGUAUAGCCAGACAUACAAAAUGUGGAAAUAAAAGCAAAAGCUGUUGUUAUUGUU